GAGAUAUAUGCGGUGCGCUCCGAGGGAAGAGGUGGCCGAAGGACAUAUUUUGACUUGCACAACUCUUUUUGCUUUCCGUGGAGAGGAGAGAAAAGGUCUCCAUGAUACUACAGGCCCGGGGUUUGGAAGGGCUGGUAUAUCGUUGAGAUGCGAACAGGAAACCUCCAUGAAACUGCACGAGCUUUUCUUUAGCUCCUCAUGUCUGCGCUCAAAGGAAGAUUCGUGGCACGCAUUUAAGUUUUGGAGACGUUCGAGAUGUUCAUCUAGCGUUGGAGGUAGCCCGAGAAGAGUCGCUCUAUCCAUGACGGGCCUUUAUCACUCGCUCUAAUAGCUAGACAGGGAUAUCAGACGAACAUAGCGGCGGCCAUGGUGAUGUUUUCUUGUGCCCGCAGCGGGGAGAACAUCUCUCCAUGGGAUACUGGGCUAGAUACUUCUAGACUCCUCAGCGUGGCAGGAUGCCGUAGUGAAGAACCCCGGGCGGAUUGCGAGUUUAAGGUUAGAGAGAGGACGCAGACUGCUCCAUGCCACGUGCAAUUUUGCACUUGCAGCCGGGGGAAGUAUACGGGGACGAGAGAGUCUUUGCUCAAGCGCAGCAUAAGGCAGGUUUUGCAUGGUUUCGAAAGACAGCCACAAGGAUCCGGAAAAGCAGUCUCCCCAUGUGUUGAUCUUGCGUCGCUUUUUGGUCACCUCACAGAGCAAUCCCAUCGCCUCCACUCACAGGUAUUUUCUCCGACAUGGGCCUAUUAUUCUGAGUCUCCUUCGGUCCACAAAGGCUCAACUUGUAGGAAUGUGGUAUUCGCCUUAGACAUAUUGCGUCAGGCUAGCCUUUUAAGAUUCUUAGAGAAGACAGGUGUAGAGUAGCGUACUCGGAACUGAAAGAAGGGGGAAGACAUCAACUUCGUGGAAACUUCCUUCUGAGUCUGGAACAACAUAGAAGCGGUUCUCACG